UUGCAAGUUAUUAACACAAACACGGCACUUCCUUCUGCAAUGAUUUUAACGUUAUUCUUCCAUAACUACCUCUCUUUUAUUUCAUUUAUUUAUUGUGUUUGUUAUCCAAUUGCAAGCUUCAAGGUCAAAGAUGUGGCAAAUGGAUUAUGAACAAUGAAUUUCAUUGCUUUUUCUGCAACCCAAAGGUGCAGAACAGAGAAUACUUCUCGUUUCCGUUUAAUCGAAACAGGGGUCAUUGGAUUUUUUCUCUAAUGGACCUGGCUUUAAAGGGUUUGGAUUUUUCUUGGAAAAAGAAGAAGAGGGUUCUAUCUUUGGCAGCUUUUUGUUUUGCUGGUUAUGGCUUCUACAGAGUCUAUCAAUCACAGGUGGCAUUUCAAAAGAGAAACAGAGUAUUAAAGAUUUUAGGAUCUUUCACUUCAGUUCCGGAGGCAGUUUCCGAUAUUGCUGAAACAAUUGGAAUCGUUUCCAGAGAUUUGAAAGAUUUUCUGAAUUCAGAGUCUGACAACAUUCCCAAUAGUUUGAAGCAAAUUUCGAAAAUCAUGAGGUCCGAUGAUGCCUUACAGUCCAUAAUCAAGCUUACAGAAACUGUAACUGUUGGAACUUUACGUGGGGUAAACCCCAAUUCAAGUUCAGUUGAUCAGAUUAUGGAUAAGCUUUUCACAAAAGCUGGGUCUGGUUUCGCUUCUGUGGUCGUCGGAAGCUUUGCUAGGAACCUGGUGAUGGCUUUUUUCUCAGAGAUGCAAUCCGGACAAGGAUUGAAUUCAAAUUCAACCGUUUCAAAUGACUCUGUUUCAAGAUGGGUGAAUGUGGUUUCCGGCGAUGAUUGCAGAAAGCUGAUCGGAGAUAGUGUUCAAUUGUUUGUGAGCACUGCCGUUGCUAUGUAUCUUGAAAAGACAAUGCAUGUUAACACCUACAACGAAUUCUUCUCAGGAUUGACUAACCCCAAUCAUGGAACAAGAGUGAGGGAAAUGUUGGUUACCAUCUGUAAUGACGCAGUGGAGACUCUGGUUAAGACAUCACAUCAAGUUUUAACGGAAUCCGGGUCCAGUGAGAAUUCAGGUUCAUCAUUUUCUCCAUGCUUGGCAAUCGAUCAAGGGCAAGAAGCAUUAUCAUCAGGAGUUUUGGUGGAUAAACUGUCAGUAACGUUGGCCAACCCUGGAAAUAGGAAGUUUGUUCUUGAUCUGACUGGGAGGAUUACUUUCGAAACAGUUAGAUCAUUCCUUGAGAUUUUGCUGGAGAAACUGUAUGAUGGAAUGAAAAAAUGUGUUACUGUCGCCCAUGAAGCUGUUGUUGAAAGUGGUCUUGAAAUUAUGAGAUAUGUUACGGUGAAGUCCUCCAUUGCUGCUUCUAAAUGUCUCUACUUGUGCCUGAAUGUACUUGACGGGCUUUGGAUCUUUGUACCGGCUUGAUUGUCAUAAUAAUCCUAAUGACAUUGUAUUGCAGUUUGUGUGAUCACUGUUGAGAAUGUGAACUAGAUGAUGAUAAGAAAUUGCAUCCAAAAAUUAUCCAUAAUAUAUUGAGUAUGGAGAC